AUGGAAGCGCUCAAAAAUUCAACUACCCACGCUGGCAGCCGGGAAACCGGUGAAUCCAGCUUAAGGCCCCCAAUCGUAUGUGGGGGGGGCUGCGAUCGCUCCGUAGGCUCCGAUAGCCUUCGUAAAUCCCCGACUCAAAGGGUAGACUUCUACCCGGCGUUCGACGCCACUACUACCGGACAAGACUCGCGCGCGCCAACACCAUCCGCACUUCCCGAAGUGCGGGUGGUGCUGGAGCGCAUCCCCACACCGAUUUCGAAGUCAGCACCUAAUGCUGAAGGAGCUGCUCCUGGGCCUAGUGCUCAGUCAGAGCAGCCAAGGUCACGUCCUUACUCCGCUUCGUCCUCGGACGAAGUGAGUAGUCUAAGGACAGUGUGCUCGAUGGAGAGUGUGACCUCCCUUCCGGAGGGCAAGCUGUGGCGAAAGCGGAAGACAGCUUCGCUUUCGGACCCGUCCUCUGACGAUGGCAGCCAAGUGCCGGAAACAGCACGCGGCUCGCCCGUCCUCAGGGCUCGGGCCAAGAGGGGUAGGGGACGCCCUCCCACUACCGGCGAAUACGUCGGCCUUGCGAAAGCCAAGGCCGAACAUAACCGUGCCGUGCGCGAAGCGCUCAGGCUGCAAGCCGAGGAAGAAGUGGCCAAAGCGGCCAAGAGGACUUUCUACCUCCGACGGUCCAACCCAUCGUCGGAGACGGAAACCCAGCUGAUGGACUCAGGCUCAGAAGCCGUCUCGCUUACGGCUGCAGAGCUGCAUGAGAAGGCGAAAGAGGCGAUUGGCAUCGUUCGCAACGUAGCUGUGAAAUCGGGACAACUGAAGGGUACGUUCGUACGUGCCCUGAAGGAUGCCGCACAGCUACUCCAAGAGUCUCUGUCUGCCCUGCAUGCCACGUCUACCAGCGAUGAAACGCGCAAGCUGCAGGAACAGAAUGCUCGCCAACAGGCGAAACUUGACGCGCAGCAAAAGGAGAUAGACGUGCUCCGUGGCGAGAUGCGCCAGCUCAAGGCCUCUUUGAAUCCAACUCAGAGAGUGCCGUCGCCUGCUCCCGAACCGCUUGCAGAGAGCCCGCAACCGGAGUCGGCGCCGAGAGCUGUGCGCUCCUUACCAGCAAGACGUGCGAAUCCGCCGCCAGCCACGAGCAGUAGAGCCGUGUCUGAUAAAGAGGAAGGCCUAGUCGCGCAGAUCAUAAGCCAAGUUGGCUUCAUGAUCGAUGCGAAGCUGGCAGGCCUGGAGGACCGGCUCCUGCCUCCAAAAGUGACGCGUCCACCGCUGGCGGCGGAUCGGAAAAACGCGCUCUCAUACGCUGCUGCAGCGAAGGCGUCUGCUGCUGCAGCGAAGGCUCCCGCCACAACUGUGGCUAAGAAAGCGACUGCCACAGCGGCCACGGCCGCUAGCACCUCGCGUGCUGCCCCGUCUGCGGCCUUGCAAGGCCCGACUGCGGCGGCCAGUAGUUCGGCCUCUGCGCCUCCGAAAAAGAGGAAGACGCGAGGGGGGAGGAACAGGAAAAAGAAGGGAGGGACCAAUGGCCAGAGUGGGGCCUGUCCCCCACCUUCAGGGCCUGCUGGCGCCGGCUGGACUGUUGUCGGCAAAGGUCGUAAGCAGAAGGUGGCCUCAGCCCAACCGCUGCAACGCCCCAAGGCGCCAAAGCUGCGUCCUCCGCGUUCGGCUGCGGUGGUUGUGCAGCUACAGCCAGCGGCAGCGGAGAGAGGAACAACAUACGCGGAUAUCCUGAGAGAAGCCAAAUCCAAGGUUGAUAUACAGAGCCUUGGUAUCACGAGCCUCAGGAUUCGCAAGGCAGCAACCGGCGCACGUGUGUUGGAAGUUGCGGGUGCUACAAGCACCGAGAAGGCCGACUCCUUAGCCACAAAGUUGAGAGAGUCGAUGAGCGGAGACGUUGUAAAAGUCUCCAGACCCACAAAGUGCGCAAACAUGCGCAUUGUGGGACUGGAUGACUCCGUCUCCACUCAGGAGGUGGUGGAGGCAGUUGCCAAAGCCGGAGGAUGCACGGCCGACACAAUCAAGGCUGGCGCUAUCCGCGAGGGUGCAGGCGGAAUGGGUUCAAUCCUGCUGAGCUGUCCCAUAGCAGCCGCCAAAAAGGUGGCUGAUGGCGGUCGCCUCUUGGUGGGCUGGACCUCCGCGCAGGUCAAGGUCCUGGAGCCACGUCCUAUGCGGUGUUACAGAUGCUUCGAGGUCGGUCAUACUCAUGCCCUGUGUGACUCCGAAGUGGAUCGUAGCACUCAAUGCUACCGAUGUGGCCAAACCGGCCACCAAUCUUCGGAGUGUUCUGCCACCCCGCACUGCACAGUGUGCGAGGCGGCGCGAAGACCGGCAGAGCACCGAUUGGGCGGUUCAACAUGUACUGCCCAAUCCAGAAGUAGAAGGAAGAACCGCAAUGGACCAAAGGUUCCCCCGCGUCCUUCCCCCCCGCAAGCUGCGGGACGAGCCGGUGAAGAGCACAUGAGCAUCAAUUGA